AUGCAGACACAAUUUAGGAUGCUCAAGGAUCAAUUCUUUGAGAUUGACCAGAAGGUGGCUAAGCUAGAGAAGAUCUUGGGUUCGUUAAGUAAGAAGAAUUCAGUUGUCAAAUAUGGGUUUGCAAAGGGAGUUUCUCUACUGGUGUUGGUUGUACUGGUCAUCGUGAUGGGCGGGAGAAACAUGGGGGGAUUUAAAGAGUAG